AUGGCCCUCACCUACCAGCAGAUGAAGCUCGUCAAGAGCACGGUCCCGGUGCUCAAGGAGUCGGGAGAGCUCAUCGCCACCACCUUCUACAGAGACAUGCUGGCCGAGAACCCCAGGCUGCGCGAGGUCUUCAACAGCGUCAACCAGAAGAGCGGGAGGCAGCCGCGCGCCCUGACGCAGGUCAUGCUCAGCUUUGCCAACAACGUCAGCCACACGAGCGAGCUCAUCCCCACGCUCGAAAAGAUAUGCAACAAGCACUGCUCACUUGGCAUCCAGCAGGCAGAUUACAGCAUCGUUGGCCGCUAUCUGAUCUUGGCCUUUGCCCAUGUGCUCGGACCCGCGUGGACGCCCGACGUCGAGCUGGCCUGGACCAAGGCCUACUGGGUGCUCGCCAAGAUGAUGAUCGCCCGGGAGUCGCAGCUGUACGGCGAGUUCGGCGACUGGACGAGCUGGCGCAAGUUCAAGAUCUCCCGCAAGGAGCGCCAGUCCAAGGCGCUCGACGCCAUGGUCUCCUUCUAUCUCAAGCCCGUCAACGGCAAGCGCCUACCGCCCUUUUUUCCGGGCCAGUACGUGUCCAUACAGGUCAGGGUGCCCAUCAGCGGCCUCCUGCAGUCGCGCCAGUACUCGCUGAGCGAGGCGCCCCGCAGGGAGGGCGACUACUACCGCAUCACCGUCAAGAGGGAGGAGGGCGGCCGCUACGUCGGCGGCGGCGGCGGCAGCAAGGGCAGCGGCAGCGGCAGCGGCAGGACCGGGACGGCGGCGUCGUCGAUAAGGUCCAUCUCGACCACGUCGACGUCGUCCCCGAGGCCGCCGUCGGCGACGGAGCAGGGGCCGUCGUACACGUGCCCGGGCGUCGUGUCCAACCUGUUGAUCGACGAGAUGGGCGAGGGCGACGUGGUCGAGGUGUCGCACCCGUCGGGCGAGUUCUUCCUCGACACCAACAACGACAGCAGCGUCCCGCUCGUGCUCAUCUCGGCCGGCGCCGGCGUCACGCCCAUGAUCUCCAUCCUCAACUCGGUCCUCGAGACGCAGCCGAGCCGCGAUAUCUCGUGGAUCCAGGGCGUGCGCCACACGGUCCCGUUCGAGGAGCACGUCCGCCAGAUCAAGAGGACUCACCCCAAUGUGCGGACAAACGUCUUCAAGACGGAGCUGGCCGAUGGCGAGCUCACGGGUGCCACCCUCCACGGCCGCAUGGACCUCGCAAAGGUCAGCCGCGCCGACCUGUUCCUGGACCACGGCGCCGCCGACUUUCGGUGCUGCGGGCCCGAGGCCUUCAUGAUCGCCGUCGCCCAAUACCUGCGCGACGAGAAGGUCGAGCCGAGCCGGAUCAAGUUUGAGCUGUUCAGCACAGGGGUUAUGGCCAGUACAGCCUGA